UUAAACCUAUGAGUAUCUUAGCAACCAGACCACAACACACAAAUGAUGGAAUUGGAAGUCCCUUGCAAGCAAAAGGAUAAGGAUAAAGAAGAGCAAGAAGCUCCUUUUUCUCUGAGUAAAGUUACCCCAGGCUCAAGAAAAGCUGAACGCAAGUGGCACUCCAGAGCUAGGUCCAUUCCCAAAGCAGUGAUAGUGAGGAGGUCUCUUUUGUCCGAUGCUGUGAGGAUAUUGGAGCAUGUAAACUUUCAGUAUGGAAUUGGAGAUGCUUACCUGGAUGAUGUGUUUGGUCGGAAAGUAGAUGUGGAGUCUGGAAACAGACAGUUGGUGAGUUACUUAAGAAACGAGGGACUAGAGGGAAGUAUCCAAGUGAAAUGGAGCGAUACGCUGUCCUGUACUGCUUGCAUGGCCACAUCUGGGGGCCCCAGAAAACUCAAUAAGCCACAUCGAAGAAAGUACACCCUCUUCCUAAACAGCACACGUGAGAACAUGUACUUGAGAGCACAUGGACUCACUGCUUUGGCUAACCAUGAAAUUGGAACACACUAUUAUAGAGCCCGCAAUGAUGGUUUUCAAGUGUGGUAUCCUUGUCGAGCAAAGUUUGAUAUGUCCCGUAGUCGCUGUUAUGAAAUGCUGCUGAGUGAAGAAGGAUUGGCCACACUGAAUACGUACCUCUCUCUUAAUUGCAAAUUGCUUUGGAAACCAGCUCUAACUUACUAUACAGCCCACAUGGCCCAGAGAAUGGACACAGAUGAGCUGUAUAGUCACAUUCAGUGUUGUGUGCUUGAUCCUGACAUACGAAGGAAGAUUGUUCUGCGAGCUAAGCGUUCCCACGGGCUGAAAUCAAGUGAAGGCACUGAUUACUUUGGAUGUGGGUGGGAUCAGUGCUAUUUCAUUGGGGCAGUUAACAUUUUGCGGCAAUUGGAUAAUAUCGAUUUCACUUUGAUGCACUCAGGAAAAUUAAGUGUAGAGGAUUGUGAACGUGUUGGAAGACUGGCUAAGACUACCGUACUCAAACUACCUCAGUUUAUUUGCACAGAAGAAAAUGCUAGGUUAUACUGUUGUACUCUAGCUGAAAUCAAGGCAGCAAAUUUUCUGUAAGAAAUCUAUUUUUCUAUUUUUUUGUACUGCUUUAGAACAAGCUGUCACAUUGUAUGUUGUAUUACACCAGGAUUGAUAAUUAGACCCUCGUAUAGCUAA